AUGAAACACAUGAUCAGAAGCCAGGACGCGCUCAGCUUGAAGUGUUAUGACCCAAAGAUUGAGUACCAGCAUACUGUGACUGAGGCUAACCUUCUUUACUGGGUGAUCUGUAUCUUCCAGUUCAUGCACUUGUUCAUUGAAACAACGCUCCAACAACUUGGGUCUUCGCCUGCUCAUCUCACCAUCCCUGAUAUCUGUCUUGUUGAUAGGGCUGUUGCUCUUGUCCACAAUGAUGUGGCAUCUGGAGCUACUGUCCGCAGUGCUUUGUCUCUCCGAUGCUCCUUCUUGAUUGCAGAGUUGAUUGAUGAGCUGUUUGUCAAAUUUGUGAACAACAGAAGUGCAAAACCCUGCCUGGCCGCCAAUCAUCCUUUGUUUUUGAUUGCCGAGUUCCUUUGCUUCACUCAGCAUGUACAGUACAAGAAGCUAGGAAAAUUGGUGUUUCUCUCCGACUACCAAGGUCCGGACCUAUUGAUGAUUUCUGCUGCAUCAUAUUCAUUGUUCCAUUCUAGGAUCAGGCACACUCCUGACUGA